AUGGGUCAAGGCUACUCAGCCGUUACUCUCCCAGCCGGUCCCUCCGCCAUCGAGACCUCCGAGCUCACAGACUUGACCUACGAGAAGACCCUCGGCGGCGCUCGCUUCCUCCGCACCGUUCGAGCCAAACAUUCUUCCGGAAUCGUCGUCGCCAAGGUCAUCACCAAAUCCAACCCCUCCGUGAGCUUUAAACGCUACUCCGCACUACUUCGCGAGGAGCGACAAAAGCUGCGAGGCAUCCCGAACGUCUUACCUUAUGCUCGGAUACGAGAGACUGCAGCACUCGGUCUACUAGUCCGACAAUUCGUUCACACCUCUCUUUACGACCGAGUGAGCAUCCGUCCAUUUCUGGAAGGCGUCGAGAAGAAAUGGAUAGCAUUUCAACUGCUCUGCGCCGUCCGAGACUGUCAUGCUCAAGGCGUCUUCCACGGCGACAUCAAGUCGGAGAAUGUGCUUGUCACUAGCUGGGGAUGGGUGUACCUGACGGACUUCGCAUCGCAGUUCAAACCGGUGUAUCUGCCUGAAGACAAUCCGGCCGACUUCUCCUUCUACUACGAUGCUUCCGCGCGGAGAACGUGUUAUCUGGCGCCGGAACGAUUCCUUGCUGCGGGCGAGAAGCCUAGGGAAGGGAACGUGGUGCAGUGGAAUAUGGAUAUCUUCAGUCUGGGUUGUGUUCUCGCUGAGUUGUUCACUGAGUCGCCAACAUUCACCCUCAGUCAGCUGUAUCGGUAUCGGAAGGGGGAGUACGACCCAACGGUGACGCUGCUGAAUAAAGUGGACGAUGAACAUGUGCGGAGCCUGAUCAGCAGUAUGAUUCGUUUGGAUCCGACGGAGAGGUGGCAUGCAAAUGACUACCUGGACGAGUACAAAGAGAAAGUUUUCCCGUUGUACUUCUAUAAUCACUUGCAUACGUUGAUGCAAGAGAUUACGGAUCCAAUGACUGGUCGGAAGAGUGGACAGACAGCGGACAAGAACAAUGGGAUCUCGGAUGAGCGGAUCGACAGGAUCUACAAUGACUUUGAGAUCUUGUCGGUGUCUCUGGGGUAUCAGGAUGCUGCGACUGCGGAAGAAAGUGCUCAGUCGAACCCGGCAUUACGCACUGGACUAUUUCCGAUGCAAGUCGACCUUCCGAACAGUCGACAUACAGUGCAGUCGGCACAUCACUUGACGAGUGAGAAUGGGACAUUCGUCCUGUUGAAUGUCAUCGCAUCGGCAAUGCGAACUUGCGCACGAGCAGCUUCAAAGGUGCGGGCAUGCGAGCUACUGCUUGCGUUCGCUGAAAGACUGCCAGAUGAGGGAAAACUGGACCGAGUGCUCCCAUACAUCAUCCCACUGCUGGAAGAUCCCAACGACAUGGUUCUUGUGGCGGCUCUCCGAACCAUGACCCAAAUCCUCGCCAUGGUCACGGUCGUCUCACCAGUCAACUCCUUCCUCUUCACACAAUACAUCUUCCCGAAAUUACAAGUCUUCGUCAAAUCGACGACAUUCAGGAAAUACUCUCUCGUCAGAGCAACGUAUGCAGCAUGUCUGGCCAGCCUCGCUGAAACAGCCUCCCGCUUCCUCGAUGCCAUGCAGGCUCUCAAAGCAGAAGGCUCUCUUCCAUCUGCCGAAAGAGGCGGCGACACAGACGAAGACUACACAGUCGACCCGGAGGCUUAUGACGCCACCCGCCUUGAGAUGCUCGAGCAGUUUGAAGGCCAGACGAAGGUCUUUCUCACUGAUACCGAUACCGCCGUCCGUCGAGCAUUCUUGACUUCAGUCUCAAGUCUAUGUGUCUUCUUCGGAGAAGCUCGAGCCAGCGACAUCAUCCUCAGCCAUCUCAACACUUACCUUAACGACCCGGAUUGGCUACUCAAACGAGACUUCUUCAAGACAAUAGUCGGCGUGGCAGUCUACAUCGGCAGCGCAAAUUUGGAAGAGUAUAUCCUGCCACUCAUGCUGCAAGCUCUCACCGACCCGCAAGAACUGGUCGUCGAACAAGCUCUUCGAUCUAUGGCGAGCAUGGCUGAAAUGGGCCUCCUUCAACGCUCGAAGAUAUGGGAACUCAUCGACACCGUUGCGAGGUUUCAGAUGCACCCCAACUUCUGGAUCAAAGAAGCUGCUUGCCAUCUCAUCUCCGCUACGACGACGUACUUGUCCAUGGCCGAUGUGAGGAUCUUGGUGGCACCGUUGAUACAGCCGUACUUGAAAGUGCCGAUUGGCAGUCUGACCGAGUCGGAGCUGCUGGAUGCGCUGAAGAAACCAUUGCCAAGAGCAGUGUUGGAUCUGGCGGUCCAAUGGGCAGUGAGAGUGGAGAAGAGUGUAUUCUGGAAACCGGCAAGGGAGUCGAAACAAUUGUCUUCGCCGGGGGUGGCGCAGAUGCCGCCGCAGUCCUCCGUGGCUGGGCUGUCGUCAAAGUCGUUUGCGAAAGUGCCCAAGACGGAUGAAGACGAACAGUGGCUCGGACGGCUACGAAACGCAGGUAUGACGACCGAAGACGAGAUGAAACUGCUGGCUUUCAGAGAAUACAUCUGGCGCUCGGCGCAGCGGUCGAAGCGAGAUGAUGGGAAUGGGCAGGAUGGCAGGUACGAGCAAAUGAUCAGCUUGUCUGCUUUGAAGAUCACGCCGCAGACGGUCAUCUUCGAGAAUAGUCUGGAGGCGUAUGAGCAGCAUUCGCAGCGGCAGGAGGAGGAGAGGACGAUUGUGGAGGCUAUUGAGGAGGCUUCCACGGUCGAUGCGAGGAAGAAACCGGAUGAGGAGGGUGGGUUGGGUGUGAGGAGUGCGGAUAGCGGGGCCACUGCGGGUAUGCCGAUUGACCAGCGGAGAGUGUCAGGACUGAGGUCGAAGAACUCAGGAAGUCUUUCUUCAUCACCAAGCUCGGGGAUCGGACUGCUGGGGAGAGAUGUCGACAGGGCUUUGCGGCAGAAAGGCGCUGCUGCUGGCCUCUUAGGUGGAGCUGAUCUGCGUGUCAAGGCACAGGCCGAAGUCGCCACUGACGAUACGACCGCCACUGGAAGGCUGAACUCGCCUCAUCCGGCAAGUCGCAAGCCAUCACCCUCGCCGAAUGCCGACUCACGACCUUCGACUGCGAGGACUGUUAGUCACAGAUCCGUGCACAACUACGCUGGUAACGAUCCGACGGUCCUCAAGCUUCUCGAUGCAGUCUACGUCGACACCUUCCCAAUUGACGCAGCCGACUUCGGACCAGUCGUCCAACUCAAAAGUGGCCUGAUCCCCACAAACAGCAACCAACCCAACACCGGACCCUGGCGACCACAAGGUCAACUCAUUGCAGUCCUAGGCGAGCACACCGCAAAGGUUACCCGUAUCCUCCCCGCUCCAAGCCACCUCUUCUUCCUCACCGCCUCCGACGACGGCACAGUCAAAGUCUGGGACACCGCCCGCCUCGAACGCAACAUAACCCACCGCUCCCGACAAACCUACCGUCUCCCCUCCGGCGUUAAAGUCACCUCCCUCUGCUUCGUCGAAGGAACCCACUCGUUCAUCUGCACCGGCUCCGAUGGCAGUAUCCACGCCAUCCGUGUGGACGUCACCGAAUCCAGCUCCACCACCCGCUACGGCAAGCUGCGCACUAUCAAGACCUGGAAUAUCCCACCCCUCUCUACAUCCUCCUCCUCCGCACCCGAACACGCCCUCUGGUCAGAACACUUCCUCGCCUCUCCCACCUCCACCCUCCUGAUCACCACAUCCGCAAACCGCAUCCUCGCCUUCUCCCUCAAACACACUUCCCUCCUCUACUCCCUCCGCGUCCCCUCCCCGCACGGCUCACCGUCCACAUUCUGCAUCUCCCGCCGGAAAGACUGGUUACUCGUCGGCACUACAACCGGUGUUCUGCAUCUCUGGGACUUACGCUUCCAUGUCCGCCUCCGGUCGUGGUCGUUUGCCAACCCCGCGCCGAUUACGAGGUUGCAAUUACAUCCGAGUAGAAAGAGUUCGAGGAGGAAUAUGUUUUGUAUGACGGGUGGGACGGCGGUGGGGGAGGUGAGUGUUUGGAGUUUGGAGAAGGGGGUUUGUUUCGAAGUUUAUCGGGGUGCGCAUGGGGAGGGGAGGGAGAGGGUGGAUUUGAGGGAGUAUGAGUUGAGGAAUUUGGAGGAUGAGAAGGGGGAUAAGUCGCUGGAGAGGGCGAUGGAGAGGGAGGGGGAGGUUCGGAUGGGGAGAGCGGCAUUUGCGGUCUUUGGAGCGCAGACUUCGGUGAAAGAUCCUGAAGUGCAGAGUGCUUUUCUUGUCGCGGGUGGACCGGAUGGGAAGGUGAGGUUUUGGGAUUGUGAACGCUUGGAAGGAUGUUCGGUCGUCUCCGGGAAUGAGGGUGACCAACAGCCGACAUACUCCUUUAGCCAACUCAGCCUCGAUACGCGGGUCUGCACCGAGCGGGAUGCGGACGCUGCUGCUGCUGCUGGGCAGGGAGUGGAGUCGAGUCCCGUUGGCGGUGGUGGUAAGGGAAGAGCUGCAGCUGGGAGUGUGAGUGGGGAUAAGGGAAAGACGCCUUCGAGGUAUGAAGUAAUCCGGACGAGCGCGAGGAAUUUGAUGAGGAGGCAUUUGGAUUUGGUGACGGAUGUUGCGGUGGUGGAGAGGCCGGUGGGGAUGGUUGUUAGUGCGGAUCGAGGAGGGAUGGUUUUUGUGCAUUUGUAG